GGCCUUCUACGUGACUCGUCGUCAAAAUGAAGAACAUGAAUCACUUCCUGUCGAUAUUGCUCAUGGUUACGACAAUUUUCCUCACCAAGACAUCCGUUGAAGGUACGUACGUGACUUAAUUGAUCAAGAAUCCUAUGUAAUACUACCCACUUGAUCGAGCUAGAAUGAAAAUUGAACCAGAAAAAUGAAUUGAAGUAGGGAGCAGACAUUAUUUAUCGCCGGGGGGAGAGGAUGUCAUAUGUGAACUUCGUGACGGGCCUUGCUCGCCAUAGAGUCUCUGUGGCUCAGUGUUAGAACAUCGGAGCGCGGAAUCCGAAGGUCUGGGGUUCGAUUCCUCAUGGAGACUCGGAGUUUUUUUCUUUGGCCCAUGCUCGUGAUAAGACGAAAAACAUCUUUCUCUAUUUCUUUGCCAAGCUAAAAACUUACCAAGAACCAUGAAUUUUCGAUAUGACUGUGAAGGUGGCCAUGAAACAUCUAUGAAUUUGAAACCAGAAAACCUGCUCUUUGAAUGAAAUGGUGUCUCCCUUUUUUGCAGGCUGUGGGGGAAUGUUGAAUGGCACUUCGGGAACAUUUCGAAGUCCUGGAUAUCUCACUCAACUGAAAUACGACGACAACCUGGACUGCUCAUGGACUUUGCUGAUUCCUUCUGAUGGAUAUUUAACUCUUAUUUUCGUAGAGUUCGAAACGGAGGAGUGGUGAGUAAAGAUUUACCAACCAUCAACUUGUAAUCUACUAUCGCCUUUAGUCAAUUGCGUUCACCCUUUAUUAUGCGCGCCGACUGUGACGUUCCUUUUCCUUUAAUUAGUUUUGACUAAAACAAAUUGUUUUCUCCCUCACUCGUCUUUCGUUUGGAAUGUUUUUGCCGAUGAAUGCGUUUCAUCAUGACUGACACAGAUGGGCAUCGUCCAAAAUACUAGUAGUAUUUUGCCCCAUUGAGACCUUGUACGCAUGCUCCAUCACUCACGGCACGGCACAUGUAGAGCUUUUGAAUGGAAUAUACCAUGACGCUUUGGGUAAAGAAUUCUUGACUUCUUUAAAAGUACAACUAAUGUUAAAAUGAAAGCUGACCGAAUAGUUUUGAAAAGCAUGCAAUUUUCAACUAACGAAAAAUUUUUUCGUUUGGUUCUGAUGACGUCACACAAAGGAGUCACCGAAGCCUCGAUCACUCUCUCAAAAAGCAACCGAGGUUUACAAAAACCUUCAGGUGGGAGAUUAAGGGGAUAACCGACAGACUGUUAUGUAUAAAUUUUCGUCAGUAUAGUCAUACAUUCAUUGCCUGCCGCUAAAUAGCUUUUAAAGCAAAAAAUGGGUCAAAUGUAAAAGUAUAUAUCCUUAUAUCCUUGUACAUUUUCUUAACUUUCUUGCAGUUGCGAUUUCGUUACGUUGACUGAUAGUGUUGGUAGGACCAUAGCAACUUUAAGCGGCGAUAAACAUAAUUACGAAGUGGCGGUAAAUGGAAGUACAACCCAGUUGGUAAAAGUAACCUUUACUUCCGACUCGUCUGUCAGACGGAGAGGAUUUCUGGCUCAGUAUCUCAUAGAACUACGUGAGUGUUUUUUGAGCGAUAAGCUAAUUGACAAAUAGACUCCAUGUUGCCGUGGGUUUGUACAGUAAUAGAACAAAGAUGGCGUCAAAAUGUGGUAAGAAAGAAAAGUGGUACAGUAAACGAUGCGAGAUGAGUUUGUCUUCUGUGAUCUAUUACUGUACUGACCCACAUGAGACAGAUUUUAUGUCGCCGAGAAACGGACAAAUGGAUGAGAAAUGAGAUAAAAAUGUGUUAAGAACAUAAUUUUCACACUUAUCUACCGUUCGCUGAAUAAAAAUAAGUAUCUAGUAAGCUGCAGUUAGUGUAUUCAGACCAUGAAGGAAAAAUGUCAAUCUGACUAUUUUUCUCAUCAAAAGCUAAUUUACUUUGCAGCUCCAUCAAGUUCGUCCGUUAUGAGUUCCAGUCCGAUGGUUACUUCCUCCACAUCGGUCACAGAAAUGCCAUCACUGAGUUCUCCAGCUCAUUCAGUUAUGAGCCAUCUUUUUAUCUCGUCCUCGACAGCCUCAUUGAUACCAGCAAUGAGUUCACCAAUAACUUCUGAAAACCAAUCUUCGUCAUUCACAGGGAUACUAACAACAAGUUCACCUACUUCCACUCAAAACCAAUCCAUGUCAGCAACAGAACAACCAACAUUGAGUUCAGCUGCACCUUCAAUACUAAGUUCUCCUCCGACACUGAGUUCACUUGUGCCAUCAGUUUCCAGUUCCUCUCACUUAAUGUCGACUCUAGUUACAGAAUUACCAAUGUUAAGUUCUGCUCCUUUCACCACCUUAACAGUGGAACCAUCCAGUGUCACAUUUACUCCUGUGACGUCAUCUUCAACAACUCCAGAACUGACUUUACCACCUGAGGUUCAGACGUAAGUGUAAAUGGGCAUGAUCAACUAAAACUGAAACUGUAGAUUGGAUUUCGAUUGACUGUUGCAAAACUUUUGUCAGAAUAAUUUCAACGAUGAGGGUUCAAAGUCUGAACAAGCAAAUUGUCUGAGGCGCAUGAAAACACGAGUGACCAAGUCAAAAUUGGUUUAAGUUAGUGUCUGAUUGGCUGAGAGAAUGCAUGGCGCUCGUUUUCUACACCAAUCGCAGAAAUAUGGUAAAGUAAAACCAAUGCGAUCCCGAAUGACGUCCGAAACUCAUCUGAAAAUGCUUCUAAGAUAACCAAUGAAACAAUCAAGACUAGCAUUAGAUUUAGUAGCUUCUGUUUAUUGAUUAACUGUUUGGCUUAAUGGGAAAACAAUUAAGCAAGAAUGGAUAGAUAGAUGGAUAGAUGGGUAGAUUGAUUAAUUGAUUGACUGGUUGACUGUUAAAUGUCCGGUUGACAGAGUGAAAAACAAGUAAAUGAUGAUAUUAAUUCGUGGGGUGAUAAAGCAAUUUAUUUAUCAUCAUCACAUUCUAACAUUCAAAUUGUAACAUAGACAGCAUGAAUCAAAGGAAUCUUGAGCUUUUUUCAACGUUACCUAGCCAUUCCAUAUUUCUUUACAUUCCCUCGCUACAAAUCAAGAGGUUGAUUUAUGCGUUAUUUACCUUUGCAGAGUGCUUGUUAAUUUGCUCUCGUCUGUGAGUCAAAUAAUUUUGAGGGUAGGUAUUAUUACCAUCUCUAACUCCAUGGUUAUUUUGAAGGCUUUUCCAAUAAUUAGAUCAUUCUUUUAUCAAUAGUUACUAUUACAUGCGUCGACAUUUGCUUAUUUUUUCUUCAGCUUCAAACGCUUCUUCAAGGACCAAUCUCUCCCGAAGACUUUGCAAACUUUCGAAGUAAGUGAAUUUAAGAACACAACGAUUAACAUUAAAGUUGUUAAUGAUAAAAUAAAACGGAGAUUAACAUUAGCAAUUAAUUUAGGAAGUACAAGGCUUUGAAGAGAUUAUCUCAAAUCUCUAUCUUGAUAAGAAUAAAUCCAUGCUUCAAAUCGACGCCACAAAAAAUUACCUAAAGGAAUAUAAAAACAGGGAAAUUAAAAAGAUAUCAUUCGUAGAGGGCCUUCCGAUUAAGUGUGGUAAAAUCAAAAUCAAAGUUAUUGGAAAGGUCAGUCACAGCAAAGGAGAAUAUCUCUGGAAGCCAACAAAAACUAAGUUACUGAAAUGUGAGAAAACGUUAGAGACCCAGUUGCGACUGGUUCUAGUUUCGCAAUUGAUUGGUUGAAAUUAGGGCAUUAGGUUUCUAGGCCAUCAAUUGCGAGGUGAAGCGAACCUGACGCAAUACGCGCAACUGCAAAUUGUCCUCUGAAAAACAGACUACAGUGACAAAUACAUAUUUAAUUUCUCCUUUUUUUUCUUUUUCAGACGAAACGAUAGACAUUUUGAAGCAAAUUGAGAACUCAUUAGCCGGCCCAACAACAUCCCCGGCUAAUAACAGGCAGAUGGCCAAGCGAGACAUACGGGAAUUUCCAGAUACACGAGAACUGCUGGAACUACUGAACACAAUUCACCAAAAAUUGUUGGCUUGAAGUUGCAUCUCUCUGAAUAACUUUGCAAGCCUUAAAAAAGCUGGUUUUCUAUCGACUAUGAGACGAUGGAACGCUCAUUUUGAAGUCACUCAUAGUGGAACUUUUUAUCGAACAGUGGAAGAUUCACUGUGUUCUUUUGACUCAUUUAAUGAACCAUUGUAAGUUUUCAUGUGUCGACUCUUAACUUGUUGAUUUUCCUUAAUAAAUUGGCGGAAAUCGAGUUCCAGUUUAACUGAGAACUUUCCUGAAUGAACUUUCCUUUAUUCGGAAUGUUUUCAUAUGGAACCAAGAAAAAAAUAUAAUUGCUCAGUUUAUUCGAUGAAGUGAGCCGGGAUAAUAGGCUUUUCAUAUGGAAAACUAUACCAAUUUAAGAAAAAAAAAGAUAAAAAGAAUUGUAAGUUCUACAAAACAAAAUAACAUGUGAGGGAGGCCUUACCAAAACUACAAACACAAUAAGAAUGAUAAAAAGAGGGGGCAUUUUGAAAUUGUUAUGUAAUGAGGUUUUGUUUCGUCAUUGAGUUGAUAUGCGCAUAUGCAACUAGAAGGUAGAAAUAAAUGAAGUUGUGUUUCGCUUUUCGUGCAGUUGUCAUUAUUACUCGGAUACAACAGAAAUGACAAGAAUUGAAAAGUGAAAAGGAAUACUUGAUUGAAAGAGAGUUGAAA